CCAAAUCUCUCUCGAUUCCUAGUCCUAGCCUUAUUUCUCUCCCUCAUCCCAUUGCUUCACAUCAAAGCCCUUGCUCUUGACACAACAAUAUCAUCCCUUAGUUCGACGAACGCUAUUAUUGUUCCUAGCAACGAGACCGAUUACCAUGCAUUAUUGGCCUUCAAGUCAAAUAUUUUCCCAGAACAUCAACAAGCCUUGAGCUCAUGGAAUGAAUCUCUCCAUUUCUGUCGCUGGGAAGGUGUACAAUGCGGUCGCCGACACGAAAGAGUCACUGCUAUAAACCUCACAUCAAAAGGCCUAACGGGUUCUCUGUCUCCUUAUAUUGGGAACCUCAGUUUCCUCCAAGAGCUCAGCCUCUUCAACAACACUUUUAUAAGUGAAAUCCCAACGGAACUCGGUGAUCUUUUUAGGUUACAGAAGCUGAAUCUGGGGGUUAACGGUUUCAAAGGGAAAAUUCCACCAAGCAUAUCUCGCUGCUCCAAUCUCAGGUACCUUAACUUACGUGAAAACAAGCUAGUUGGAGAGUUCCCGAAAGAACUCUCGUACUCAUUUCCGAUACUCACAACACUCUAUUUUCCUGGCAACAAUUUGACGGGCGGAGUUCCUCCGUCGAUUGGGAAUCUUACUUCUCUUGAAAACUUCAAUGCUGCUGAAAAUCCAUUAGGAGGAAGUAUUCCAAACGCUUUGGGCCAAUUGAAAAAACUAAGGUACUUUGGAUUGAGUUCCACUCAAAUUUCGGGUACAAUCCCUUAUUCCGUAUACAAUCUAUCCUUGCUAGUUAGGUUAUCCGUGGCUGAUAAUCAACUUCAGGGUAGUCUUCCGCCGACAUUUGGUUUCAUGUUUCCUCACCUUGAGGUCCUUCAACUAUACGCCAACCAAUUUAAUGGUCCCCUCCCGCUGUCAAUAUCCAACAUGUCACAGUUGUUACAGCUCGAGUUGGGCCUUAACAAUUUCAAUGGAAAAGUGAAAAAUGACUUUGGAAGCCUACAAAAUCUCUUUUUGAUAAGUCUGGCUUUUAACAAUUUUGACCAUAGGGGAUCUGAUGGACUAGCCUUUCUUAGUUCUUUAACCAACUGUAGCAAUUUGCAAGCCAUAGGUAUGGAGGAUAGUCAAUUUGGAGGGGUAUUACCAGACUCUGUGGGCAAUCUAUCAUAUAAGCUCUAUUAUUUGACGCUAGGUGGAAAUCAGUUGUAUGGAUCUAUUCCUUCAACAAUAGAAAACCUUGUCAAUCUGGAAUUCUUUGGUCUGGAUAAUAACCUAUUCACAGGCUCGAUUCCCCGUAGCCUAGGUUAUCUUCAUAAGAUGCAACUAAUGGCAUUAUCAAACAAUAGCAUCUCAGGUGAAAUUCCGGAGUCUAUUGGGAAUAUGUCAUUGUUGACUAAACUUUACUUGGGAAAGAACAGGCUAGAGGGAGCCAUACCGUCGAGUCUUGGCAACUGUCGGAACUUGUUGUCGCUAACACUCUCUGACAAUAAUCUUACUGGCGUCAUACCGAUACGACUUUUGAAUGUCUCUUCUUUAUCGAUUACAUUAGAUCUAGCUCGCAACCAGUUGUCUGGAUCCUUGCCACAAGAGGUUGAAACCCUCAAAAAUUUGCUAGAAAUCGAUUUCUCUGAGAAUGGUUUGUCUGGUGAAAUUCCUAGCAAUCUUGGUAGGUGCAAUAGCCUAGAAAACCUAUAUUUGCAGCGAAAUUUGUUUCGAGGAUAUAUUCCUCCUUCAUUUGAAUCCUUGAGAGGUCUUAAAAAUUUGGACCUUUCUCACAACAACUUAUCUGGUCAAAUUCCUACAUUCUUAGGGACAUUUGACCUGAAAACUCUCAAUUUGUCUUUCAACAAUUUUGAAGGAGAGUUGCCAAUGAAUGGUAUUUUCACAAAUGGAAGUGCAAUAUCAGUUGCCGGAAAUUAUAGGCUUUGUGGUGGCAUUUCUGAACUACGACUACCUCGGUGCACCACGAAAAAGUCAAGAAACAAGAUGUCUCUUUCACAGAUGUUAGGAAUCACAAUAGGUUCAGUACUCAUUGGAGUAGCCGCAGCAUCAACUUUCUUCAUUUGUUUGUUCAAGAAGAAAAGAAAGACCAAACCUAAAAUUUCAUUGUUGAAAGAUCCAUUUUUGAAAGUCUCUUAUGGAGAACUUCUCAAAGCAACUGAAGGUUUCUCUUCGACAAAUCUGCUUGGUUUUGGUAGUUUCGGCAGUGUAUAUAAAGGUGUUAUUGAACAAAACGGGGAGUUAGUUGUUGCGGUCAAAGUGCUUGACCUUCAAACUCGUGGCGCUACCAAGAGUUUCAUGGCAGAGUGCGAAGCCUUAAGAAAUAUUCGACACCGAAACCUGGUGUCGCUCAUAACUUCUUGUUCUAGCAUUGACUUUCAAGGAAAUGAGUUUAAAGCUCUAGUUUACGAGUUCAUGCUGAAUGGAAGUGUAGAUAAUUGGUUGCAUCCUAUUCCAGAAGCAAAUAAUGUGGAACGUGAGUUUGUGGGACUGGAUCUUUUACAAAGAGUAGACAUUGCCAUAGACGUGGCUUGUGCACUCGAUUAUCUUCAUCACCAAUGUGAAAUGCCAAUUAUUCACCGCGAUUUAAAACCGAGUAAUAUUCUUCUUGAUGGUAACAUGGUUGCCCAUGUUGGAGAUUUCGGUCUAGCUAGAUUUCGUGCAGAGCUCACCGCUCCAAGUACUAGUAGUUCAACUGCAAUAAAGGGAACCAUUGGAUAUGUAGCUCCUGAGUAUGGUCUCGGAAGUGAGAUGUCAGCUAGUGGAGAUGUUUAUAGUUAUGGAAUCUUGUUGUUGGAAAUGAUAACAAAGAAGAGACCUACUGACAAAAUGUUUAAGGCAGACCUUAAUCUUCAUAACUUUGCAAGUAAUGCAUUGCCUCAACGUGUGAUGGAGAUUGUUGACCCUAUGCUCUUAACGGAGGAGAUAUAUGACAGCAAAAUGAUGGAAAAUUUGAUCUCUCUUAUCAAGAUAGGAUUGUCAUGCUCUACAGAGUCCCCAAAAGACCGUAUGGACAUAAAUACUGUACUCCAUGAGCUUCAACUGGUGAAGAAUAAUAUUUUGAAGGUAAGCAAUUGAAGAUCAUACUCAAUAUUUUGUAAAUUCAUUGUUUUAUGGUUUUUCUCCUUUUCUCUCAUAUUGGCUUCAAUAGAACUCCAUGGUUUUAAUUUUUUUAGAGCAACAUUGAUAGCUAGACAUUGUUGAUAACUCAAGAUGUUCGAGCCAGCAUUCGCGCUGUGAGGACCUGACCCGUGUUUGGAUUGAUUAAAUUAGUAACUGAGGUUUUUUAAUUAGUUACAGAGGUUAAGCAUUAUUCUUUUUAAAAUUAAAUAGUUUGUGUAACUUAAAUCUUUGAGUAAACCUUAGACUUAACUUGAAAACCCCCCACUAAUGGUGUUAUUUUUCUCCUCUCUGUUUGAAGACCAGAACCAAUCUGGACGACUGGUACCCAUCCGGCGAUCAGUCAUCUUCCGGAAAUUUCCUAGGAAUCUAUAAAACUACGUUUUUUAUGAUUCUUGUGCCAAAAGGUUUUUUUUUUUUUUGAAUCUACUAUGGGGGAAAACUAUGAACAGAAAAUAACACUCAAAAUCUGCACCUCGAAUUCAUUCAUUUUCCAUCCUGGUCCAGUUCUGACCAGAUUUGGUGUGUUCAGUUUUCACCCUACUUCUGGGCAUUUCUAGCCUUCAAGUUCUUCACGACAUGUCUUCCUAACAUCUUUUUCCAUGUCCCUGUAAGGUAACAUAAAUUUCUGAGUUAAAUUGAUAUUGGUUUUCAUUAGUUUCCUGGGACUGCUCUGUUUUAGAAACCAUACCUUAUAGCUUUACACGUUAUAGAUUAACUUCUUGGCGCUUAAAGUACUUGUGCAUGUGUGACGUAUCUUGAACCUCAAUAAGUUUGGUUUGAUG